AUGGGCCAACGGCGUACACUGUUAGCCCCUCUCUUCCCCACUUCUUCCCUCUGUAUGUACACACUUUCCACCCUUAACUUUAACCAAAAGAUUAAUGAAUGCGUGAGAAACGGAAAUGUCAACGACGCGCGCAAACUGUUCGACGAUUUUCCCCACUCAAGAAACACUGUCUCGUGGAAUUGCUUGAUCAAGGGCUACUUAAAAACCCGCCAAAUGUCAGAAGCUCAGAAGCUGUUCGACCAAAUGCCCCAACGAGACGUCGUUUCUUGGAACACCAUGUUUUCAGGUUUUCGCGACGCACAGAACCCACAAAAGGCUCACCAACUUUUCCUAGAAAUGAUGGCACACGGUUUGAGGCCCGAAGAGCUCACUCUUUCCGUGCUUGCUAGCGCAUUUUCGAAUACAAAGUUUGAUGUUUUGAUUCUACAGUUGCAUGGUCUUGUGGUCCGUUUGGGGCUUAAUCUAAAUAUUUAUCUAGGCUCUGCCUUAAUGAGGGGAUACAUUGGUUUAGGAAAUCGUGAUGCUUUCCGUAGAGUCUUUGACGAAAUCUUAGUAAAAGACGUGGUGCCCUGCAAUGUCUUAAUCUUGGGCUAUAUGGAAUUUGGGCUGAUAGCUGAAGCUAAAACAGCCUUCGAUUCGAUGCCUAAAACAAAUCCAUUUUCUUGGAGCAUCAUGAUUAACGGGUACAUGAAGAACAAAAUGGUCGACGAAGCAAGAGCAAUUUUCGAUAGGCUAAGUGCAAAAGAUGUUGUCUCGUGGACUGCGUUGAUGAGAGGGUGUAAGCUUCCGCGGGCUGCUCUUCUCUCGCCACGGGCAAUCAAAUCCACUCGUGUAUCCUAA